CCCGCCCCCUGUGUGUUGGUUGCGUUUGACAGCCAAAGGAAAGUUUCUCUCGGAGUCUCCGACACCUCGCGACUGAUCCACACUCGGCCUCGUCCCUCCUCUACGGAAUCUGUCGGUGUUCCUCUUCUUUCUUUUUCUAAACCCAAGAAUGGAAUAAAGACGGGGAACAACCAUGGUGGUGAACUCGGUGCACUGGUUUCGUAAGUGUCUGCGGCUGCACGACAACCCGGGGCUGCAGGAGGCCCUGAACGGAGCAGACACCGUCCGCUGUGUUUAUAUCCUGGACCCGUGGUUCGCGGGCGCCGCCAACGUGGGAAUCAACCGAUGGAGGUUCCUGCUGGAGGCUCUGGAGGAUCUGGACAACAGUCUGAAGAAGCUCAACUCCAGGCUGUUUGUGAUCCGAGGGCAGCCCACCGAUGUUUUCCCGAGGCUCUUUAAGGAGUGGAAGGUGACCAGGUUUUCGUUUGAAUACGACCCCGAGCCGUACGGGAAGGAGCGGGACGGCGCCAUCAUCAAGAUGGCCCAGGAGUUCGGAGUGGAGCCCGUCGUGAGGAACUCGCACACCCUCUAUAACCUGGACAGGAUCAUCGAGAUGAACAACAACAGCCCCCCUCUGACCUUCAAGCGCUUUCAGACCAUCGUGAGCCGACUGGAGUUGCCACGGCGACCCCUGCCGCCCGUCACCCAGCAGCAGAUGGACCAGUGCCGCACCAAGAUAUCGGACAACCACGACCAGCUCUACAGUAUCCCGUCGCUGGAGGAGCUCGGUUUCAGGACGGCUGGUUUACCUGCAGCUGUGUUCAGGGGAGGAGAGUCCGAGGCCCUGGACCGACUCAACAAACAUCUGGACAAGAAGGUGUGGGUGGCGAACUUCGAGCACCCUCGGGUCAACACCUGCUCUCUGUACGCGAGUCCCACCGGCCUCAGCCCCUACCUGCGCUUCGGCUGCCUGUCCUGCAGGGUUCUAUACUACAACCUCCGGGAGCUCUACAUGAAGCUGCGUAAGCGCUGCAGUCCUCCCCUGUCGCUGUUCGGCCAGCUGCUGUGGAGGGAGUUCUUCUACACCGCCGCCACCAACAACCCCAACUUUGACCGCAUGGACGGCAACCCCAUCUGCGUCCAGAUCCCGUGGGACCAGAAUCCCGAGGCGCUGGCCAAGUGGGCCGAGGGCCGGACGGGUUUCCCCUGGAUCGACGCCAUCAUGACCCAGCUGCGGCAGGAGGGCUGGAUCCACCACCUGGCCCGGCACGCCGUGGCCUGCUUCCUCACCCGGGGAGACAUGUGGAUCAGCUGGGAGAGCGGCAUGAAGGUGUUUGAGGAGCUGCUGCUGGACGCAGACUGGAGCGUGAACGCCGGCAGCUGGAUGUGGUUGUCCUGCAGCGCCUUCUUCCAGCAGUUCUUCCACUGCUACUGUCCCGUCGGCUUCGGACGGAGAACGGACCCGUCGGGAGACUACAUCAGGCGUUACAUCCCCGUCCUGAAGGACUUCCCCAACCGGUACAUCUACGAGCCCUGGAACGCCCCCGAGUCUGUGCAGAAGGCGGCCAACUGCGUGGUGGGGGUGAACUAUCCCAAGCCGAUGAUUAACCACGCGGAGAGCAGCCGGCUCAACAUCGAGAGGAUGAAGCAGGUCUACCAGCAGCUGUCCCACUACAGAGGCCUCAGUCUUCUCGCGUCGGUACCAACAAUCCAGGAGGAGGCGGAGCCACCGAUGACGGACGAGUCUCAGACGAGCAGCGGACCUGGCUCUCCUCUCGGAGACGAGUUCGACACCGAAGCGGCUCCUGAUUCGUCCACGGUUGAGGUCUGUGCGUCGUCCACCUUCGUCUCACAUCCGGAGCUGAACGACCCGCUGACGCUCUGCGCCUCCUCGGGCUCACAACAGCCACCGACGCCCCCCGCCCCUCUUCACUCUGCGGCUCCUCUCUCCCCGACCUCGCCGUCCGCCCUGACUCCUCCUCCAUCAAUGUCCAAACCUUCCUCCCCGUUGUCCUCCUCCUCCUCCUCAUGUCCCGCCAUGUCCCCGGCCCCGAGUCCCGCCGCCGGCGUCCUGGCUCACCAGACUUUUCCCAAGAGAAAAGGCGUCGCACGCAAGAUGCGGCGCAGCAUCAGCCAGAGGCAGCGAGCCCGGCUGGGUGGCGGCGCCCCCUCAGGACGGGAGGAGGUGGGAGGCGACGAGAGGAUGGAGGAGGAGACUUCUGGAUAUCAGCAGUGACACGAGACGUCACGUCUUCAAACGUCCAGAGUCGGGCGACUGCACACAUGAACACACACAAACACCACAACACGUGGAUCAGUACAAAAAGCAUCUAACUCACAAUUCACUCCAGAAUGAAACAAGUAAAACUCAUUUGGACACGUUCGGUCCAGAGCGACAAAAUAAUUCUUAUACGACGAAAACAAAAAGGUCAUAACACUAUAAAGUAUUUCAGGUGAGUGAUGAGAAACUUUCUCUUGUACAGUUUCGUCUCCGAGACACUAAACGUCGUCGUCGUACUGACCCGCUCCGCUCGUCCCGACGCUCCUUCUCCUCCGUGUUCCGGGAAAGUGACUCAAAGCUGCAGGUUUUUGACACUUUACAGUAAUAAUUUUUGUAGAAUUGUGUCUUUAUGAGAUUUAAUAAGUUGUGUGGGAGUUACAAACCAGAUCGUCCCGGGUUCUGGACAGUACAGGGCUAAAAAAAAAAUUUGCACAUAAACAAACUCCUCUUCUUCAGAUUCACUGUCCUCGGCUCAAAUGUAUUAAAAUGUUAUUUUUUAAUGUCGUAGUUCCUCUCACUGUACAGUUGUGGUUUGUAUUCAGUGAUGGAGAAAAGGUUUUGGUUCUCGUUGUGACUUGUGGCCCCUCAUGGAAAAUUGUUGGGUAUUUCUGUUCAUGUGACCCUGAUGAUAUCGUUCAGGACCAUUUUUUAAUUUUCUCCCAAUGAAGCUGAAAUAUUCCAUAUAUGGGCGCCGCCAUCUUAAUAAUAAUAAUAUUUAUCAUACAUUUUAUUCAUGUGCUCCUAAAACCAGAACGUGAACAUACAUCAGUGUCAUAAGAACUAUCCACAAUGAGAGAAACCAUCUUUGACAAACAUUUAUUAAACGUCAACUUUGAUUAUUUCUUUAGUUUGGCCCCAUCUGCUAACAUGGGAGGGGGAGGGGCUUAUGACCUUUGCUGCAGCCAGACACCAGGGGGCGAUCAGAAUGUUUUGGCUUCCCUUUAGAGGAGCCGUCACGUCAUCCAUCUUUAUUCACAGUCACUUCAAUGUGACUGUUUUAAUAUCUGAGGUCAGUUAGGGAACAUAAUGUUUUUGGGUCCUUUUUUCCUUGUCCUCUUUAUUUCAUAAACACUCGGCUCUGAUUGGACGUCGCUCUAGUCGGUGAAGUUGUAGCAGUUGAUGAUUGAAACACUAAGUUAAUGAGACAAAUUAAUUCGAGACACUUUAGCUGCGGCACACGGGGGGAAAUAUGAAGGUGAGACCAAAAAGUUUUUACAAUUUGCCAUAUAAUAGUUUUUUAUCUUGGUAAUUGAAAAUGCUGCUUUUGUGGGAAAAAAGAAAAGAAUGUAGAGAGAAAAUGGCGUGUCGCUCUCCCCCAUAUAUGUUGAACAGAGUUUGUAUAUAAAAUAUAUAAAACCAUUUCCUGUCUUGUUUACUGACGGUCUGUUUGAGGGGGUUUCACAAAGACAAAUUCUGCACAUUUUAAGAUUUUCAUAAUCUCUUAAUCUGCCGGUAAUUUUGCGGAUUAAUUGAUCAAUAAUUAAUCUGUAAAUCGUCAGAAAAGGACAAAGUUUGCUUUUUAAAAAAAAGGCCAGUUUUAUUCAUCCACAUAACAAAUGUAAUUGUUUUAAUGUUAAGUAAGUAAAUCUGAUGAGAAAAGCACUUUAUCUUGAAAUCAACUGUCAAUCAUCAUUUGUAUUCUAUUCUAUAUAUUCUAUAAAAUGAAAUAUUCCGCCCUAAAACUGGAUGGAAGCUUACACUGAGUUUAUUUUCUCUACAAACAUAAAUAAAUAAUGGAAAUGUCAGAAUUGGUUUCCCACUAAUAUAAAAAAAGAUUCAACAUUUUUCUUUGAGAGAAACCAAAGUCGAACACCAAGAAAAAAUGCAAAUAUGAUUUUUAAUGCGUUGCACAUAGUGUUGAUGAAUGUAGCAUGUGCUUGUGAAACCUCCUGACUGUCGCCUGGAUGUGUCAAAGUUUCCCCACAGAUGGAUUUUAUUUUUUUUAAGACAGACCUCGGCCUGUAGGGGGCGCCACACCGCUGGUGUUCAGGGCAAAGUGGGAAGCUCGUGAAGUUUGUUUUAAAUCCUGGAGGG